AUGCGCACGAGGUUCGUGGUUCCUUUCGCACUCUUGACGGUGAGCGAAGGCUGCACGGGACGCGAGUCAUGCGAGAUCACCAUGACAAGCAAGGACAUGGACGGCGUCGAGUCAAGUCUUUUGCAGAUGGCAGCAGUUUCCAACCUCUCGACAGGUGUCGUCACGAGGCAAUACCAGCAAGCGGGCAACACGCACGCCAACGUCGGCACGACGUGGAGUGACAUUGACGGCGGCUGCUACUACAUCGAGACGCGCGACGGCAAGAAGAAUCAAGGCUGGGCGCAUAUUUGGAUCCAGUGGUGCCACGCGGCGGUCGUGGGCUUCAACGCGACCAUGCAUGACUUGAUUCACGGCGCAGGGCUUCUGCCCUGGACGGAGAUGAGGAGAUCCAACGCCGUGGCAGUCAGGUCUCCGGCGGGUCUCCGGCGACUGCUGGCGCCAUUUUCAGGGUGGCGCUGCGCCAACGGGCAUCCUUGGCUCGGCGUUGCGCAAAACCUGAUGGAGGCAAAGGCGGCCGCCACGGAGUCAACGGCGCUGGCCGUCGCGCCCAUCAGCCAGCGGAUCCAGCAGAGCAGCGCUGCGGUCACCCGCCUGGAGCGGAAUAUCGAGACGGAGAUGGAUAAGCUGGAACAGUGGCAGGCCGAGGUGUCGGCGCAGAUUGCGGGCAUCGGCAGUCUCAAUUCGGAGCGCAAGGCCGCAGAGGUCGAGGAGCUCCAGGCUCCACCCGCGUGCUCUGUCAAGCUGUCUGCCUUGGUGGAUGGUUCGGCCGAUCCCAGCAAGCUCACCGACCUGGACGAGCUCGUCGCCGACGCCUCGCUCGACCAGGAGAUCGAGGAGGCUGGCCUCAUGGAGAUCGACGAGGACGCGCUCAUCGUGGAAACGGUCAGCGUGACAGCGCAGAAUUCGAUUCAAGCCCGGCAUGCUCGCGCGGAGGCUCAGGUUGUCUUGGUCCAGGAGCAUCGUCUUGACUCUCGGGAUCUUUGCAUCGAAGCGCCCGAGUGGAGCUUCAACCGCGGCUGGCAAGGCGUCUUCCUGAAGUUGUUCGGGAACGCGGCGUCUUUGCAGGCGCUCAGCGUCACGGGGCCGCUUGGAAUCCCCGUUGAGCAGCCCGUGGAGCCCGCUUGCCAAUCCAGCAUCUCGAUGGACGUCACGAUCAGCGCCUUCAGGUGGACUAGGGAGUGCAAGGCUUGGGCGACUACGACCGCGCCUUCGCGACACGGUCACAUCGUGUCAGACCCCCUGGCCCUGUUGGAGACGGAGGCCGCCUGCUUCUCAGAUUUGUGGUUGGCCGAUCGGCUGCCAGAUUGGAACCCCGACCCCCUGGGCGCCCAUGAUCCUUUGGAGGCCCUUGCCCCGGUUCUGAUCCAGCAGGUAUUUUGCAGCUAUUCGACGCGCGCUUGCAUGUCUGUCAACGGCUUCCACAUGCGCCACUUCGCCAGCAUGUCGGGCGAUUGCCUGACAGCGCCACAGGGCUCCUGCCGCAUCAUGCAAGUGUUCCAGAUGGCCCCCCCCUUUCCACGCCGUAGGGGGGCUUUCAGCCAAUCGUCCAUUUUCGCUCGUCUUACCGUCUCCGGGGUAGAGUGCGUCGGAGAGUGGCGUCCGCCUGGGAGUUGGAAGAUGCUACGAGCUACCUGGCGGCCAACGUGCAACGGGGCUUCAGAUAUGUUCUGGAGGCAGUCGGUGCGGAGCGAGUCUGGGGCCAAGCGCGGCCAGGCGGCUGCUGCGUUGCUGCGGGGCCUCCGGGAGCUCUACGAGAGCAUGCAGUUGCCCCUCGGAGAACAGCGAGCCCGUACAUUAGGCUGCCCGGUGCAGAUUCUCCGCGCGUGCCCUUGCGCCUGCCGUGGAGCACGGUUCUUCGCGAUGUCUAAUGUUUCCGUUGGCCCUUUCUAUGCUAUCAGUGGCGUGGUGGCAGGUUGCUCGAUUGCCAUUGCGUUCGCGCGGAUUCAUGUCAUCCCAGUGGUUGACCCCCACGAGCUCCCUAGGGCUACCAACCCAGGUGUGGACGACGCGGCAGGUCGGGCGUGCUAUGACAUCGCGCUGAAAGCACUGAGGUAUCGAGAUGUAAUUAAAGUGAAAGCGCACUUGUCUGACACAGGCGACCUCUCGCCAGAGCAAUUCUUUUAUAACACUGGGAGCGACGCUGCCGAUGCCGCGGCAAAGCGCGGUGCUUGGUCCCACCAGAUGCCCUCUGCAGCUGAAUUGGUCGAGAUCGACCGCCGUGUGCUCAUCGCUCGCAAGGUGUGCGCCAUGGCGGCUCACUUUCUCCCUCUUUUGCCCCGCCUGGGCCUCAACGGGGCGCCGACAGUCCCAGGCGAGGGCCGCCGGCCAGCAGAUGUGCCUGCGCAGUUGCGUGAAUGGUCAUGGUGCCGCUGCAUUUGGAGAUGCCAGAGGCCUCUAGAAAGGCAGGGCGAGGACGGGGACAUCCCCAGGGUGGAGAUGACCCAGACGAGGAAAGCCCGAGCGAUGCUGCCGAUUUUCAAGGAUGACCCGGGCCUCCGAGCGCACGAACACGACAUCAUGCUACGGAUCAAGGAGUACCGGAAUUGGAAGAAGGACCUGGACGAGAAGGAGGGGGGCCUCCUGCACUUCGCGGAGGGCUACCACCAGUUCGGGUUUCACCGGGACGAGGCGAACAAGAAGUGGAUUUUCAGGGAGUGGUUGCCGAAAGCCAAGCAGGCGUUCCUGAUCGGGGAGUUCAACGGCUGGACGAACGACAACCCGGCCGUCUCCGAGGGCUUCGGGCGUUGGAGGGUCGAUCUCCCCGACAAGCCGGACGGCACCUGGGCCGUGCAGCACAGGACACAGGCGGUCGCGGCUCCUGUGAGGCUGGCGCUGACGGAGAUGCCGGAGGACGUCGCUGCGGCUUGCGUCCGCGCCGUCGCUGGGCGGCUCGACGCGGAGCCUGCGGCGAUCGUGGAGGCGCUGGAGGCGGAGUUCCGCGCCAGCGGCAUCGACAUCGGCGCCUUGGCGGCAGGGUGUGGUGGCCGCCCGCCGCGGUAGCCACCCCUGCCGCCUUCGCUGGACGGCCAGGUGUUCGCGCUGGCCUUCGGCAUCCUUGGGUUCCUCUUCUGAGGGCCGCCCGCUGGACGGGCCCGUCGUCUCCCAGGGCGACCCCUGAGACCCCAGCUUGGCGCGGGGCUACUCGGCGGGCGUGUGGGAGGCGACGAGUCCGCCCAGCCGUGGACGACCCCGCCGUCUCCCUGGCGCCCCUUCGGGGGGAGUCGGGGCGGCGUCGAGGCCGCCCACACCUCUGCGCUCAGUCUGUGCCUCAGACGCGGCGCUUGGCUCUGCUCCUCUGCUCCUCCUCCCCCUCCUCCU